UGUUGCAUCGGGAUAUACUGUAGUAUUUUGUAUUCGUAUCACAGCUCAUCAAUUUGUUUCCGGUUUCGUAAAUUCGUACUUCGUUUUUCGUAGUUUUGGAUUUUAUUGUAGUACAGUACUGAAUUUCUUAAAAACGAAAUAUUCUUCGAUACUAGUAAAAACGGGAAAAUAAAUGUAAAUUGUAAACUGACGAUAAAUUAGCUGCCAGCCCUUCUUUCAUCCAUUUCCAACACAAGCCGUUCCAAUGGCAUUGUGAAGCACAUCCGGCUUGUUUUGGAACUGAACGGCUUUCGUUCUUGCAGGCCCAGCUGCGCGUUUUUUAACUUAAAAAAACUUGUUUACUUAAAUCAGCUCACGAUUUUACUAAACAUUUUGUUGCUACUGUUCUUACCCGAUUCUUACUGCUUGUCUGUUACUACUUUUCUUGCCAUUAACUUUUCGUUUGUACUCCCGCUAACAUGGACACCGUGAGCUCUCCCGCCGCAGUCGCCCAUGGCGCGAAACAGCCAAAGAAACGCAGCAGGUCCGCCACGGCCAGCGAACCUGCCAAGCGACCCCGUCAAACCCACCGCCCCUUCCCCCUGCCGAAGAAGGGCAACGUUCACGGCACGGAUCAUUACGAUGUGAAGGGCAUUCUGGACUACCGAUUCUGCAUGUCCCUGGAGGAUCCCAGCAAGUACAUUGUGUACUUCCUGGUGGAAUGGGAAGGCUACACCGUCGCGGAAUCCACCUGGGAGGAUCCGGAGAGCCUCUUCGAUUCCUGGCACCUGGUCAAAGAGUUCCUGCAGAAGCAGAACAAGCGCAUCGUCAUCGAUGAGAAGAAUCAUUCCAUGGAGAUUCUGGAUAUUGAGGAUGAGAAUGACGAGAAUUAAUCACGGAAAGGGGUCGGACUGCGCGACCCUGGAAUUCCCUGUACCUCGAAAUUCGCAAGUAUUACUGUUAAAUUCGGUUUUCGCACCAUUCCAUAUCCUGCUCAUUACGAUCUCGUUUAUUCUGUUUGACCUAGAAGAUUAGCAUGAUUUUGCCGUUGUGAUGGAUUUCGUGAGAUUACCUGCACGUCGUUUGUUGCUUUUUCCGUUCGGUGUAUGUGAUAUUCAUCGCUCAGAUUGAGAUGGAUUUUUUCCUUUUUUUUGGGAUGAUAUUAUCGUGGGACCAAAGAUCUCACCUAAGUUACUGUUUCUGUAUAUGAAUUCUCAUUCGUUUUGUGUAUAAAAUUAUUAUAAAAGGCAUGCAAGCGCAUACUGCAGUAAAACCAUCA